AUGGACAGCGGCGACCCCAAGACCGGCGUCGUUCAUGACGACGCCGAGAAACACCUGGACUUUACUCCAGGAGAGGUUCCAGAGUUCGAUACUGGCACUGAAAAGCGGCUUAUGCGCAGAAUUGACUGGAGGCUCUUGCCAAUCCUCGGAGCAUUGUAUUCCAUCUCUCUGAUCGAUAGGACAAACAUUUCCAAUGCACGUGUCGCUGGUAUGGCAAAGGACCUCGGUCUCACCGUUGGAGACAGGUACGCCAUUGCUUUGACCAUGUUCUUCAUCCCGUACUUCUUCUUCGAGCUUCCGUCCAACAUUGUCCUACGAAAAGUGGGCAGCGCCAAUUGGCUCUCUUUCAUUGCCUUCGCAUGGGGCACGGUGAUGCUUGGUCAAGGUUUUGUGAAUAGCUGGCAGGCUCUUACUGCCUGUCGUACUCUGCUGGGAUUUUUCGAAGCUGGAUUCUUUCCCGGCUGCGUCUACCUCGCGACUUGUUGGUAUAUCCGAUUUGAAGUCCAGAAACGUCUAGCCGCAUUCUAUCUCCUAUCCGUAUUUGUUGGUGGAUUGGCCAGCAUCCUUGCCUUUGGUUUGAUGCAGAUGGAAGGACUUAGUGGUAUCAGGGGCUGGCGAUGGAUCUUCAUCAUCGAAGGCCUCCUUACCCAGGUCGUCGCCAUCCUUGCUUGGUUCCUCAUCAUUGACUUCCCCGACAAGGCGGAGCGGAAAGGAUUCUUGAGCCCCGCCGAGGCGACCUUCAUCGCUAACCGAAUUGAGAGCGAUCGAGGUGAUUCCGUCCCGGAUGAACUGACCUGGGGAAGGUUCUUCCAUCACCUUGGAGACUGGAAACUCUGGACCUUCUCACUCAUGUUCGCCUCUGUAACCAUGCCAGCGUAUGCGUUCGCGUACUUUUCGCCCGUCAUCAUUGCCGGAAUGGGAUAUUCUGGCGGUGAGGCGAAUGCGUUGGCAGCACCCCCCGCCUGUGCUGCAGUAUUCACUGCUUUCGGCUUCGCUUGGUUGGGGGAUAAGUACCGAGUUCGAGCGCCCGUCAUUGCGGCCCAGGCCAUCAUCACCAUCAUCGGACUGAUGAUCGUUGCUUACCACACGAACCACGGCGUUCGAUACUUCGGCAUCUUCCUCGGAGUGAUGGGAUGCCAGGGUAAUAUUCCCGCUAUCCUUGCAUAUCAGUCGAACAACAUCCGCUUGCAGUCGAAGAGAUCCGUCGGAAGUGCGUUGCAGAUUGGGUUUGGCGCUAUCGGGGGCAUCCUCGCGUCCACCACAUUCAUGGAGAAGGAGGCUCCAUAUUAUCGAACCGGACUCUGGAUCACAGCAGGGCUUCAGUUCUUCAUCCUGGGGGCACUUGUCGCUUGCAGUGCCUAUUUCCACCUGAAGAACAAGCAGCUUGACCUUGGAACAUUGGCCAAGCCUAUCGAGGGCCAGGUUGGAUUCAAGUAUACCCUUUGA